AAUCCAUUGGUAUAAAAUUCUAUUUACAACUGGAAAACUGCCUCGACAUCAGCACACGAAGUUAGUCAAAAACUUGCUAGUAUUCUUAUCUCCUAUCCCACUCUGGAGGUUAUUCAGCGAUCUGUUGGCUAUUAAACUCUGCUUAUCCCUCAGUUCUCUACUCGCCAUCAAGCAGCAACUACCGGUCAAAGCAAGAAAACUCCUUCAAAAUGUUCAGCUCCUUCGCACCGUCAACGCUUUCAUCUUCCACGCGGCAAUUCAGUACUGCGAUGCCACAAUUCGACAUCCCAGUGCUGCGAGCGGGUAAAGUUUCUCCUCCACGCCUCGUGAUUCUCGGUCCGCCGGCCGGAGGCAAAGGCACUCAAUGCGAACUCCUCGUUGAGUUGCUCGGAGUCGUUCACCUAUCAACGGGCAACAUCUUGCGUCAAGCUAUCCAAGCCAAGACGCCACUAGGUCUCAAGGCUCAACAGUUUAUGGACCAGGGCGAGCUGGUACCCGACGACCUCAUCGUGGACGUGGUACUCGGUCGAUUAGCCGAAUCCGACUGUGUCACUCGCGGUUGGCUACUUGACGGCUUCCCACGAACCUCAAGACAAGCGGAGGCUCUACUAAAGGCCCAAGGAGGUAGGGCAGCUCCCGAUUGUGUAUUAGAACUGGAGGUUCCGGACAACGAAGUCAUCCGACGUAUUGCUGGAAGACGGGUAGACCCUGUGACGGGGAGAACGUACCACGUUGAGUUCAACCCUCCUCCAGUCGAAGUGGCUGGUCGUGUGGAGCAGCGAAGCGAUGAUACGGAAGCCAAGAUCCGAACUCGAUUGACCCAGUUCCACUCGAACGCUGAAGCUGUGCGAUCGGCUUUUGAGACCUAUCGUGGCGACUUUGGAGCGAGCAUCCAAGUCAUGAGAGCAAGCGGUUUCCAGGCCCCUCCAGCCAUCGCAAGUGCAUUCGCUGAUUUCGCUUUGCAACACGCAGCUCAGCGCAGUCUCAAUCUCAUUCGACGGGAUAUCUCUAAGCGUUUGAGACGGAGACUUGAGGCGGGAGAACGAGGGGUGUAUCACGUCUCGAAUCCUCAGAAGAAGCCGUCGUACCCUGUCCGAGCUCACGUGCGAGCGCUACAUGCCCCUCGUUUGAUCCAGCAUGAGCAGCGAGCUAACAUUAAACCUGUCCGCGGGAUGCUGCGUGAAUUGCUUCGUCGGUUGCGCGUUGCUUAAGAAACUAGACAUUCGAUAAAGCUUGUAUCGACACCAUCAUAGACGCCAAUUUCCUUGUAACGUUAGUCCGUUGUGCCCAUUGUCUCGACCGAUUGCCAGCACUAAACGAACGGAACUGAGCUU